GCGAUUGACUGCACUUCAAAGCAACACUCCCUGGCGGUGAUUCGACCGGGGGAGCCCCGGCGUUAAAGAAACGCGGGUCAUUUUAAAAUCCCAUCACCAGUUUUGCAUGGGAGCGGGCAUCUGAUCCACACUGGACUGGCGGCAGAAAAAAAAAAGCUACGGCUAUUGCUACAAAUCUAAAGGAAUUCUGAUGCACAACAAGCCAAUCGAACAGAGGCGAACGGGUCAUCAUGGAGACGCCGACAUUUCUGCUGCUCUUAUACAAACGCCUUAGAAUUGAAAGGGUCAGUGAGCUACCGGCAAUGGGGGAGAAAAGGCAAGAUUUUCAAUGGAGAUCUUCAAAAGUUGGUUGCAUUGUAUGAGAUGUCAAAUGGUUACUUUCAGUCAUUAAGUAGAAGCGAACAUUCUCUCCCACUGCUUUCCACAUAUGUUUUGGCGGUGGACUCGUUCCAGGGAGAAUGGACAGGAAAUUCCCCUCUCGUGAGCUGUUUCUCAGGCAGGAAAUUCACAGGCGGAAGCUGACGUUGGUGGCUCCCUCCUACGCCUAUACCUGCUCCACAUGAGCGCUCCGUACUGUCAGUGUAAUUGGCGAUUAAGGGUGUAAGACGGUGGUCACAGCGAAUAACUGGAAAUGGGGACUACAUAUUUCUUGUUACUAAUGCUCAGCUUGUACGGAGCUGAUGCUGUUCUACACCCUCCUAGAAAUCUUCGUUUCUCGUCUGUGAAUAGUGAAAACAUUUUGCAUUGGGAUCCACCAUUGGAUUAUUCUCCAGCUGUUCGCUACGAUGUGCAGUAUUUUAGGUACGGUUGGAAUGUGACAUAUACACCAGUGAGCCACUGCACAGGAAUUCCCCACCAUCACUGUGAUCUUACACAGGAGACCUGGGAUUUUAACAUGCAGAUUAUUGCCAGGAUAAGGAGCUUUAUUGGCAACGUAACCUCGGACUGGGAAAGGUCGGAUAUGUUUAAACCCCUGGAUUCCACCUCUUUUGGUUUGGCACCCUUUGAUGUUCAAGCUGAACACAACAUAAUUAGAGUCAAUAUCUCUGCACCAACUUUGCAUUGGGGAGGAAGAACGCGAUCAAUGGAGGAACUGUUCAACAACUCUUUGAUGUACAUUGUUCUUAUCCGUGUGAACAACACCGACAAGUCUGAAGAAUUUAGGAGCUCAGGAGAAUUGAAUGCAACUAUGUUGCAGCCAGGAGAAACCUACUGCAUCAAAGUGAAAGCAAUACUGAGUAUGGACACAAGGGAAGGGAACUUCACAGAGGAGAAAUGUAUAACAAUCAAAAUCCGAGAUCCAGCAUUGAAGGCUACACCCAAUAUCAUCUUUGGUGUCAUCAGUGCUGUCUUCAUACUGUUUACACUCUCCUUUUGCCUGGGAAUGUUCUGCUGGCAUUAUUUAAAGAAGAAAACCACAUUCCCAACCGUACUGAAAUCUCUCGACAAGAACAAGAAGUCUCUAAGCAUUAUGGAUUACCUGAGUCUGAUAGAUGAUGUCGUUGUGCAGCAAAUGCCUGCUGACUGUACUCUCCUCAGCUCCUGUAAGAUUCAGGAGCAGGAUGAUCUGUGGCCAGAACUCAAAAUCAAGGAGGCGUCUUCCGUGGACAGUGGGAUUGACAUUGGGGGUAACUCAUCGGAUCAGAUGACUGGAUUCUGUGAACCACUGAACCCCUACAUGCAGCAAACCCCUGAGACGAGUAACCAGAGGAAUAUCAGUGCAAGGGACACUCAGGAUGACUCUCUGCCCAAAGAAUCAUGUUUAAUAAAUGUCCCUGAAGCAGUGGACGUACCUACUACUGGGGCAAGAACCAUCAGUCCAUCAGGCUAUCAAAAACAAACACCUAAGACUGUUGCAGUCUCUGUGCAGGAUGAAAGCAAUGUUGAAACUCAGACCGUCCAGGACAUCGGUCCUUCCUUCAUUUCUACAUCAGACAUUGACAUGACAGGCUUUUCAAGAGGAUUUCUCAGCUUGGAUGAUGUGUUGUUAAUGGACAAUGGACAAUAAGAAAAAGCUUUUCAGUUCAAAACUUCUUAAUAGCUCUAUUUUGUAACUUAUUUAUUUAUUAAAACAUUUUCAGUUUGAACAUUUUUUGAUCUUUCAGAGUGGUGGGAUAUGUUGAUAAAGUAACUAGUGAAACAAUGGGGGGACUUGUACUUUAUAAAUAGAGAUGAGUUCAAAAACACUGAAAAGUGUUGCUACAGUUUUAUAAAGCUCUUGUUAGACUUAAUUAGUGUAUUAAGUCCAGUUCUGGUCACUACAGUUCAGAAAAGAUGUGAAGGUUCUUGUAAGGGUGUGGAAAUUUACCAUAAUGGUUCAAAAGAUGACAGAAUCAAACUACAGGGACAACUUGGAGAAGCUGGGAUUGUUCUGUUUGGACCAAAGGAGACUUCAUGGGGAACUAAAACAAAGACCUGGAGUCGCCGGCAAUCUGAAACAAGCAUAAACAGAAAUUGCAGGAGAAAUACAUCAAAUCUGGUCGCAUCUGUGCAGAGAAAACAGGGUUAGUGUUUUGUUUCCUCCGAUCAUCUGAAAAAGAGUCACUAGCCUUAGCGUUAACUUUGUUUUUUCUCCAUAGAUACUGCCAGACCUGCUGAGUUUCCCCAGCAAUUUCCAAGAUUUGAGAGGAGACUUGAUAGUGGCAUACGAGAUUACGCCAGGUUAAAUAGGUAGGCAAGAAGAAAGUGCCUGUUAGCUGACAGGACGAGGAUUAAGGGUCACAGAUUUGAAGUUUUUACAUGAGAUACAGGAAGAUGUGAGAAAGAAUGUUUUUACGAUGGAGUGGUGAUGACCCAAAACUCACUAUCCAGGAGGAUGAUGGAUGUGAAGAUGAUUGAUAAUUUCUAAAGGAAGUUGUAUGGAGACUUGAGGAAAAUAAACUUCCAGGAUCUUGAUGUUUGAGCAGGAGAAUACUAAUGACUAGAUUGUGCUACAGAGACCUAAGCUGAGCGAUGGGCCAAAUGGCCAUCUUCUGGGCUGUAAACGAUCUUAUGGCUUUUAACCUCAUGGGUUUUGCUAUAAAGUUAGGAGUAGGUCUCUGCGCUUCAUAAAGAGGCAGGUUUUCGCCAAGUCUAGGAUUUAUCUGCCAGCAUUUUAUUUUGCAAAGCAACAUUUAUUGAAUGAAAGGUCACUCUGUUGAGAUGGAGAAAGAUCCCAGUAUUUGAGAAAUCCAGGGCUGCAACCAAGAACAAAUCAUUAGAGGCAAAAUUGGCUGCAAACCUUAAAAUCAAUAGGACUUGGGGACUUUUUUUCUCAAUUCUAAAUUCUGUAUCUUUACUGCCUCCCUGUGAGGGGAAGAGUAAUUCUUGUGUUCAUGGUUUCGGCAUCAUAUUUGCACUUUUAUUCUCUAUUGACUCCAGUUACAGUGUUGCUGUUAGAACUGUAGUCCUUGUCCUCCAACCUUAUUAUUUACGCACUUUCACAUUCAGUCUCCUGCAUGGGUUCAAAUGAGUUUAUAUUUUAAUUUCACAAUGUACAUGCAAAUUGAUCAAAUCAACAAAUGAGACUUAGCUCCUUCACACCAUCGCAACAACUAAAGAAAAGGCAAUAUUCAUCACAGAAUUUCUUAUAAUUCAGUGGGCUCUUUUGUCUAAAUGCACAUAUUGAGGCACAGAUAUUCAUGUCUGGAGAAGGAGUAUUUUUCCAUUCUAACAACCAGUGGAAGCAUCAAACACUCCUGGGACAGGGACAGCACGGGGUUAGAUGCAGUGGAAAGCUCCCUCUAUAUAGUCCCCAUCAAACACCCCCACAACAGGGACAGCGCAGGGUUAGAUAGGGUAAAAUUCUCUCUACACUGUUGCAUCAAACACUUCUCAAGUUAUACUCUUUAAAGGACUUCUUGUUUAUUAUUUUGGAGAGGAGCAGAUGACUUCUCGAUUAAAAAUCUGUGUUCUGAGGAAGGGUCACUGGACCCGAAAUGUUAACUCUGACCUUUCCUUCACAGCUGUUGCCAGACCUGCUGAGCUUUUCUAACAACUUUGUUUUUGUGGCAGAUGCAUUCUCCCUGCUUUCCUCAUCAAUGUUUAUAUUCUAACCAAAUUGGUUUUUUUAAAUUGGAAGACUUAGUCUAUAUUGCCUGGUCGUUUGUGCUGUGUGUCAGUUACUGCAUGUUUCCUGCAAUUGUACCCACAGCUCAAGGCAUGUGUCAAUAACUGCGAUGAAACGUUUUGGAACAUCUUAAGGUCUUGAGUAACCCUGAACAAAUGUCACUAAAAUAAAAUGUUUGGCUAUUAACUCAUCAUUUUGUUGUGGGAUUUU